AUGCCCCCCAAAGGCAACGAGAUGCUAAAGGGCAUGGGGAAGUCAAAAGCGAAGGCGCAAGAUCCGCAAACUGAAAACGAGUUUCUGGAUGCUGCAGACGACUUCGAGCAAGCGGCGGGCAAAUGGCGCGCGGGAGACGCUGCAAAGGCGACCCGGUUCUUCAACAGGGCGAUUGACAUGUACAACGAGGGAUUGAAGAAGUUCCCAGGAAGCUUCGAUCUGGCGUAUAACAAGGCGAAUCUCGAAUUCAACAUUUGCGAAGACGACCGCAUUGUGGCUCGGUUUAGCAGCAAGAUGGCGCUUCUAGAGGAGACAUUGAAGUCUCAUCGAGUUGCGAUGGCGCUGAAAGCCGAGAAUACGGACGUCAUGUUCAACACGGGUCAAGUUCUUACUUCGAUCGCUGAAGCGCUUCUAGAGGCAGAGACGGAGGAGACCGCUAAAGUACCAGCGAGGACGCUACUUGAAGAGGCGGUUGAUCUGUUCACCAAGUGUCUGGAACGGCAGCAGCAAGAGUAUGAGCAGAUGCGGAUCGAGAUUGCUAAGGCGCAGGCAGAGCAAGACCUUGAGGAUCAGUUGGGAGCUGGGCAAGGGCUAGCUUCGGGGGCUAAGAAGUAUGAUGAGAUGGAGACCUCGUCGACCGCCUCCUCAACGCUAGGCAAUUGGGCAACCGUUGAAGAGCCCUUGACUCCGGAAACUAUUCUGGAGACUUGCACCGCGCAGCUUGAAGCCUUAACGACACUCCUAGGUCUCUAUGAUCCCACGGAUCUACUGCUCGAAGCACGCGCUCAACACGGCGUCGAUACUACCAACAAAGUGCCGACACUGAUCACUCUUCUCGACGACUCUCCCUUCCAGAAGCACGCCGAGGCACCCUCAGGCCCAACACUCUCCAUAUCCCCCUCGGGCACCAUCGCCGAGGACCUGCAAACGGCACCGAAAGACGACGCCCUCCUCGCAGUCGCAAACUUCAACGUCGCUGUGGCCGAGGUCGCCUAUCGACGCGGUCUAUCAACAUCAGAUCAGUUCGCCCGUGCCAUGAGCGACAUCUUCACACCUAUGACAAAACCACCGGGGGGCCAGGAUCCAGCAUAUCUGAACGCCCUGUCCGCGUACGCAGACGCGCUUAUGGAUGUCGCCUCAACCAUAUCCGACAAUCCCUCCCACAACGCCAACUCGCCCGCCUACGCCGCAGACCUAGAAACUCAAUGGGCCGUUCUCACCGAAGCGCAGAAUAUCCUCACCAAGCUCUCCACCGGCGCAAACGCGUCUGCCCUCCCGGCCUCCCGCCUCGCAGACACCUUCCUCGCCCGCGGCGACACCGACCUCUUCCGGUUCCGUCUGGCGCUUCUUCCGGUUGCAAAGCCGCCGUGGGCGAGCAGUAAGGCUACACUGGUGGGUAAUGCGGGCGUGUUCUACAGAGGAGCUAGGAGCUAUGCGGAGAAGGCGGGGAAGGCGGAUGUGCAUCGCACCGCGGAUGCGAAGGCUAUCGUUGCCGAGGUGCUAAAGGAGGUGGUUAGCAGUGGAGGAGGGAUCAUCGUGGGGAACGAGAGUUGGAAAGUCAAGGGAAUGGAGGUGAAGAAAGUGCUGGAGCAGAUGGUGGAGGAGGGGAUUCUGGGGAGGGACGAGGCGGAGGGCGUGCUGCGGAUUGUUCAGUGA